GUCUUUAGUUAGACAAUCACAUAAUAUUACUGAUGCUACAUUUAAAGUGAAAAUCAAACCUAUUUUUAAAACAAAUAAACAGAAAUAUACUUCAAGUACAGUUUGGCUUGCUACUAGUAUUUCUCAAAUAGAUCAAUUAUCAAUACGCUCUACACAUCAAGAUGUAUCUCAUAUUCAUGUCAGCUUUCAAAUAUCUAAAAUUGUAAUAGCAACAACAUUUUCUAUUAUGAUUGAUGAAUCAACUCGUGGAGAAAUAAAAAAUUUGUUCUUUGUUAUCUGGAGUCAAAAAAAUAAUGCACCAAUAGUAACUAUGUCUCAAUUAAUAAAUAUAUUAAAGCACAAUGCAAAUACAGUUUCAAUUACAGUAAUUAACAUUAUCAAUGAAGAUAGUUUAGAUAUUAAAAAGUGUUCUUUAUGGAUUACAAAUAAUACUGCAUAUCUUUUAGGUGAUAAAAAAGGUGCAGUUGUUCUUUUCAAUAAAAAAACUGGAUUAAAUGUAUUUCGAGUUGGUUAUACUUUACAUAUUAUACAAAUUGUAUUAAAUCAUUUUGAAUAA